AUGUCCAUAAAUAUCACUGCACUAUGUCACUUGCCCAGUAAUCCGGCCAAAGUUGCUACUGUAGAUGGUCGCCCUGUAGAGAUGCCCAUCCGUGUGGACGCCGCCGUUGUCGAUGUCCUGGGAACAGCCGUAAUCACCAGGUGCUUCGAGAUCCUCAACGACAAUCCGCCGCCCUUGAUCACGAUUGGACUUAGAUCAACUCCUUGCCUGAUA